GGAAAGUUUUACCCGAGCAAUGCCAACGCCACUGUUUCAUCCGUGAUGCAAAGAAUGUCUGCUUUUGCAUCACUAAUGACAUUGUUGAUAUUGACUCGGGCAAGGCUUGCCAUCCAAUAUCAGUAGGUUUACCAGCACUAGCGGAGAGACAAUACAAGAUGGGUACUGACUGUUGUCUGGCCAUAGGAUAGUGCUGUCGAUUUCGCAAACAGUUGGUACAGUAUUUGCAACCAUGACAUUCUCUCUAGAGGACGAGGACGACCGAGCCUUCCAGGCGGCGCUGUCCUUCGCGGGAGAGUGCGUGCUCGAUGGCGACGACUUGGAAGACGUUGCAGCGUCGAGGACUACCGCUUUGAUGCAGCACGACGACGAAUGGGCCGCGGAGUCCUGCGGUUUAAGGCCACGUUUUAACAACCCAGACAUCGAGACUGUCUUCGGAUCCUUCAAUAUGGCACCGACGGUAGCCGCUCAUCCGACAAAGACUCCAGCUUCGAAUCGGAGACGACGAAUCGAGGUCAAUGAGCGCAAAAAGCUGUUGCGCAAGGCUGGCAUUUACGGAGACGACAACUGGAUGAGUAAAGACAGUAGACUCGAGAUCGCGUAUCUCCGCGAGAGGAUUGAGAAACUUAACCUCGACUUGCAAGUGCUGCAGACCCGAAAGGGCAGACAACGAACAAUUCAAACGAUAGCACAGAAUGCUACAGAUACGAUGGACUUGGGAUCGCAGAUUCCGAAGGUGUGGGAGGAGAUCGCUAGUCGACAGCAACGUCGACUGAAGGCAACAGAGCGCGAAAACACCCGCUUAAAACUCGCAGUACAGCACCAGCGAAAUGUAGCAAACUGUAUGACCAACCUGGUACAGAAGCGAGCUACUCAUCUGACGAGUGACUGCUCUACCUUUAUGGAUUUUGCCUUCUCCAACCAGCACAUUGUCUGUAUGUUGAGUUCUCGUAGUGGUGGUGCAAGAGACUUCCCACUCUUGUUCCGUCAUCUUGAAACCGCUCGCCAAGAAGUGGACGCUGUGUUUGCCUCUAAUGGUCUGGCCAACAUGGUGCUCACUCCCAGCGACGUUCAUAUUCGCGAAGGGGUCGAUGGCAAAUACCUCGAGGCCUUUUCAAAUAAGGUGCUACCAUUCGGGUUACGUGCUGCAACAGAGGCUACGUGGGACCAUUUCAAGGGGUCCGAAAAACAUCUUGGUAAUGGCAAUAUCUACGAAAAGACAGCAAAGAGUCUCGAUGACCCGUACACGAUCGUCGAGGAGUUCACGAAGGAGAUGCACUCGAAGCACGCUCGAGCAGAUAUCAGGGCGCAGCAGAUUGUCCGCCGGUAUGUGGAGCCUGACCGCGACAUUGUGAUCUGGGUCUCUAUUGCCGAGCCUGCAGAGAUUAAGCAUAAAAUAUUGCGUGGACUCACUUACCAUCUUCGGGGCUAUGCAAUGACCAAACGGUCUCCAGCUUCAACACCCGAUAAUGAGAUUUCACAGCUGCAGUGUGUAUCAUUGAUCUCUCUCAAGCCAGAAGCUGAGACGGUAUAUGGUUCCGAGACCGUGCGCGCAGUCACCAACUUCCUUAUCGUUAAUGCAGCUCAGAAGAUGCAGGCUCACCAAGACCGCAUCGAGAAUGCCCUCGUUGACAAACAACUACAGCGUCGCGGUAUUAUCACGACGUAGACUCAUGGACUUAACGUAAUAUAAGGCGUUUAUUCGGCAGUGAAGAUGCUGCACUCCGAUACCAGUAC